AUGGCCCCCAAACCUCCUCCCCGAAACCUCGGCCGAGCCGGUGUUUGCGCGCGCGCACCGCGAAAGCGGCAGGAGAAGGGCAUCGAGCCGGUCAGGCACUUCAAGGCUGCGGCCUACUUCGUGCACGCGGUGACUUACGUGGAAGUGCUCUUCCUGGUCUGGCCCAUGACCAUCCACAUCCUGUACUGCUUCUUCCAGCCUAAGGACAUGCUGGUGGUCUUAAUGCACUCAGACUGGAGGCUCUUCCGCUGGGCCUUGGCGGUGCUGUGCGCGUUGAUGAUCGUGGACCUGGUGCAGAGCCCGCUGAGGUUGCGCAGGACCUUGCAUCAUGUGGCCGUCCUGAUUGGCAUUUGCCUCCUGAGUGGAAUCCCUUGGAUUAACCACUACGACUUGCCGCUCUUCGCCACGGCGCCGCUCUUGUACCUGAGCUUCCAGUCCCUGAAUGCGGUGGCCUAUUUCACCCUAUGCCGUUUCCACAUGCAGGGACGGUUUGUGGGCUCGUGCUGCCUGAAGUGGAUGUCAGUGUAUGUGGGGAUCAUAUCCUCCUUGGGCCAUCUGAGCAUGAUCUUCUUCUACAUUGAGUUUGUGCCCUACUUUCAGGCCUGGGCGCCCAUUUUGGUGCUGAUCUUCUUUCAACUUUGCCUGGCGUUGGCCACUCGGUGCAAAUGGAUCCUUCGGCGCGGGUAG